AGAGAUACAGUGCUUGUAUGCUUUCAGUGUAGCUAGACAGUGACAGAUUAGCAUUGUACUGCAUCACUGCUAGGUAAAAUCCCCCAGCAUCCCUCCUUACCGAGAACGGCAGCCUCCUCUUGUGUACCAGCAUCGACCUGCUGCUAAUUUAGUUGACAUUUCCUUGAGAUGGAGAGCCCCUGCCGAGCAAGCUGCUACCUUGUGAAAGCUUCAUCGUUUUCUGUUUGAUGACUUAUUCACAGCCAGCCUAUGGAUAUCUAGAUCUAAAAGUAUAUUCCGGCGCACACAUGUAAUGAUCCCUAUGGAAGUGUCGGGGGCUUUUUGUUUUGCUUUUGGGAAGUGAGAAGGAGCAGAAUUUAUCUGCAUUGUGGAACUGCAUUUUGUAACUGCCUGUUUCAUUCUGGCAUCCAAGAUGGACCUGCGGUGUGCACUGGAAGAGUGCACUAUGGCUCUCAACCUAUUUCUCAACAAUAAAUUUUCUGAAGCAUUGGAACUACUGCGUCCUUGGGCAAAAGAGAGCAUAUACCAUGCUCUUGGUUACAGCACUAUCUUGGUUAUGCAGUCAGCUAUGACCUUUGAACCUCAGGAUGUCCAGAUGGGAAUUACUACAAUGAAGGAAGCAUUACAGACCUGCCAAAGGUUCAGGAAGAGAAAUACUGUUGUAGAGUCACUCUCCAAUCUGGUAUCAAAGCAGUCAGGGGACCAGUUAACUGAAGAGGAGAUGCAUGCUGAGAUCUGUUAUGCAGAGUGUCUCCUGCAGAAGGCUGCACUGACAUUUGUUCAGGAUGAAAAUAUGAUUAACUUUAUCAAGGGUGGGAUCAAAAUCAGGACCAGUUACCAAAUAUACAAGGAGUGUCAUCAAAUGUACAGUUUAGCAGCAUCUCAGGGCAAAAUGUGCAGCGACACACACUACCAAUUUGAAGGGGGCGUCAAACUAGGAAUCGGUGCAUUUAACUUGAUGCUUUCCCUGUUGCCUUCACGGGUUCUCAGACUUCUGGAAUUCAUUGGAUUUUCAGGCAACAGGGAACUUGGCCUUUCCCAGCUACGUGAAGGGGCAUCUGGCAGUAGUAUACGAGCAAUAUUAUGUGUCCUUACCCUUUUAUUCUAUCAUACCUAUAUUUCACUAAUACUUGGUACUGGGGAAGCCAAUCUUGAAGAAGCGGAAGCUCUACUUGAACCCUACCUCAAGAAAUUUCCCAAUGGUUCUAUAAUCCUGUUUUAUGCUGCCAGGAUAGACAUACUUAAAGGACGUUUUGAACAGGCACAGGAGACUUUCCAGAAAUGCAUUGUUUCUCAACAAGAGUGGAAGCAGAUCCACCAUCUUUGUUACUGGGAGCUAAUGUGGUGCCAUUCUUUCCAGCAAGAUUGGCUUCAGGCAUAUCGUUAUGCAGAUCUGCUCUCCAAAGAAAGCAAAUGGUCUAAGGCAACAUAUGUGUUUCAAAAAGCAGCACUCCUGAGCAUGCUUCCAGAAGACGUGGUUAAAACAACAGGAGAGGAUAUCGUUGCUUUGUUCAGGCAAGUAGAGAGUUUGAAACAACGGAUUGCAGGAAAGUCCAUCCCAACAGAAAAAUUUGCUGUGCGGAAGUCCCGACGAUAUAUCUCUGACAAUCCCGUGAAACUGACACUGCCUGCAUUGGAAAUGAUGUAUGUAUGGAAUGGAUUCACAAUAGUGGGUAAAAGGGCUGACCUAACAGAAAAUGUGUUAGUUACCAUCGAAAAAGCAGAGGUUGCUUUACAGAAUGAAACAAAAGUAACAGAAUACCUUGCAGAUGACCUGUGUCUUGUUCAGUUACUGAAGGGUGUUUGCUUGAAACACCUCGGUAGAUUAUUACAGGCAGAACUUUGUUUUAAUCAGGUGAUACAGAGUGAAAAGAGGGUGAAGUACGACCACUACUUAAUCCCAUUCACAUUUUAUGAACUGGGACUGCUUUAUAAAGAGCAAGGCGACAGAGAUAAAGCCAUACGUUACAUUGAAACGGCAAAGGGCAACUACAAAGACUAUUCCCUGGAGUCCAGGCUACAUUUCAGAAUCCAUGCAGCACUCAGUAGUUUAAAAGGCUCACCUGUUUCAACUCCUACAACUCCAUCGUAAACGCUGAACAUCAGAAAGACCAAACACCUGUAUAAAGAGGAGAAAGCAAACCUAUAUUAAUUCUAAUGUAAUGACUGUUAUCCUGUGUGAUUUCUUUUUUCUUGGUGUCGUGUGUAGCUGUUCUUUUCCAAUGGUAAUUGUAUAAUAGAGACAUACAUAUAGACAUUUAUAUCUAUGUACGAUACUUAAAAGAGUGAAAAAUAUAUAUAUAUAUAUAUUUUGUUUCAUGACAAAAGAUAAAUUUAUGCUGGUUCUGACUUGAAAGAGAAUAUUUCCGACAUUUCCUGCUGCAAUAAAGUCAGAUAAACGUGUAUUUGUGAUGUUUGCAUUGGCAAUUAGUUAUUAUGUUUCUGCUGUCGCCAGUUGUUACAAUGUAGAGCUACAACCUGGCUUUCUGAGCUGCCUCUGGAAACUGCAGAGAGAGGAAAAUGAGGCAAAUUAGUUUUUAAAAUAGAAAAGGAGUUGUAAAAGAAAGCAACUGAAAAAUGAUACUUCAUUAUUUUUGAUGUUGAAUAUUAAAACAAUUAAACUUGAAAAA